AUGGAUGCAAUGGCUACAGCCGUGAAGAAACCACACGCCAUCUUUAUACCGUAUCCAGACCAAAGCCACAUAAAAGCCAUGCUCAAACUAGCAGAGCUUCUCCACCACAAGGGACUUCUGGUAACCUUCGUGAUCACGGAGUUUGUCCACAAGCGUUUUCUUGAAUCAGCGGGCCCACAUUGCCUAGACGGCUCGCCUGGUUUCUGUUUUGAGACCAUUCCCAUUGCCACCAGUGGAGAUGAACUCAUUCAAUCUGUUGAAACCGACUUCUUGGCUCCUUUUGUUGACCUUCUGACCAAACUUCUGCAUCCUCCUACUUGUAUUAUCUCUGAUGGGUUAAUGUCGGUUUUCACUAUCGAUGCUGCGCAAAAGGUUGGAGUCCCAGUCAUGUUGUACUGGACAGUUGCUGCAUGUAGCUUCAUGGGAUUUUACCAAACUCAAUAUCUCAUCGAAAAAGGACUUGCACCACUUAAAGAUGAAAGUUACUUGACAAACGGGUAUUUAGACACUGUCAUCAAUUGGGUUCCGGGAAUGGAAGGCAUUCGUCUUAAGGAUUUCCCGAUAGCUUGGACCACGGACCCCAUGGACGAAGUUCUGAAGUUCAGUACACAACUUAACCAAAGGUCUCAUAGAGUUUCACAUCAUAUUUUCCAUACGUUUGACGCAUUGGAGGGUAGCGUUAUCAAAGCUUUAUCAUCGAUGUAUGAUCACGUGUACACCAUCGGCCCAUUGCAACUACUUCUUAAUCAGAUACCCGAAACUGGAAGCUACAGUUUCCCUGGUUACAGUUUACUAAAAGAAGAACCCGAGUGUUUCGAAUGGCUCGAGUCUAAAGAGCCAAAUUCUGUUAUUUAUGUAAAUUUUGGGAGUGCGACGGUCAUGUCUUUAAAAGACCUGCGAGAAUUCGGUUGGGGACUUGCUAACAGCAACCACUAUUUUGUUUGGAUAAUCCGAUCCGGUUUAGUGAUUGAGGAAACCGCGGUUUUGGGUCCUGAAUUUGAGGAGCAUAUAAAAAAGAGAGGCUUUAUCGCAAGCUGGUGUUCGCAGGAAAAGGUUCUGAACCAUCCGUCGGUUGGAGGGUUUUUGAGUCAUUGUGGGUGGGGGUCCACUAUCGAGAGCUUGUCCGCUGGGGUGCCGAUGAUAUGUUGGCCGCAUCGGUUGGACCAGGUGACCAACUGUCGGUAUAUAUGCGAGGAAUGGCGGGUUGGGGUUGAGAUGCAAGGGAGUAAAGUGAGACGCGAUGAAGUUACGAGGCUUGUACAAGAGUUGAUGGGAGAAGGAGGUCGCGGAAUAAGGAACAAGGCUGUAGAGUGGAAGGAAAAGGCGUGUGUUGCCGCAGGUCCCUAUGGUUCGUCUUCGUUGAACGUGGAUGAAAUCGUUAAGGAAAUUACCAUGAUGGUAUCAAGAGGCUAG